AAGCUCGUGCAGCGCUUCUCCAAGAGCAACUCGGGCGCCUCGUCGUCGCGCCGGUACGCCGAGCAGAGCCUCGACGGCGACGAGUACGGCAACGCGCUCCCGCUCGGCAGGGGCAUCGAGCGCUGCCCGAUGCCCAGCUUUGACAUGCCCGCCACCGUCGACCCGCAAGCCUUCCUCCAGCUCCACACGGACGACGCGUCCGACCCCUCGUGCCGGAUCAAGAUCAACCACGGCACGACGACGCUCGCCUUCAAGUUCCAGGGCGGCAUCGUCGUCGCAGUAGACUCGCGCGCGACCGCCGGCAGCUACAUCGCGUCGGGUACCGUCAAGAAGGUGAUCGAGAUCAACCCGUACCUGCUGGGCACCAUGGCGGGUGGAGCCGCCGACUGCCAGUACUGGGAGACGUACCUCGGGAUCCAGUGCCGCCUGCACGAGCUGCGCAACCACGAGCGCAUCUCGGUCGCCGCCGCGAGCAAGUACCUGAGCAACCUCGUCUACUCGUACAAGGGCAUGGGCCUCUCGAUGGGGACCAUGAUCUGUGGCUGGGACAAGACGGGCCCGCAACUGUUCUACGUCGACAGCGACGGCACCCGGCUCCGAGGCGACCUCUUCUCGGUCGGCUCGGGCUCGACGUUCGCGUACGGCGUCCUUGACGGAGGCUACCACUACAACCUGACGGACGAGGACGCGAUCGAGCUCGGCAGGAGGUCCAUCUACGCCGCCGGCCACCGCGACGCGUUCUCGGGCAACACGGUCAACUUGUACAUCGUCAAGGAGGACGGCUGGCGCUUCAUCGAGAACGUCGACAUCAACACGUUGCACUACGACCGCGGGUACGCCGCCAAGCAGUACCGCACGAGUGCGCCGCCGGCAGUUGCGCCGGGCGUGCCCCCUGCGGCGGCUGCGGGCGAGGCGGUCGCGGCGAGUGCGUGAGCGCGUGGGGCUGCAGUGAGAGGAGGGAGGAGCGAGCGAGCAAUGGAGCGCUGUACAGGUC